UGGGGCCCAGCUGCUCAUGCGCCGACGCGCUGCGGGCUGCAACGGCCGCGCUCGCCCCGGCGGGUGCCAGAGUCCAGCGGGUCGGCGGGCAGAGGGCGGGGACAGGUAGGACAGAGCGGCACCGAGGCCGUCGGCGCCACAUCCCGCAGCGAGGCUGAAAGGCUGGUUUCCCGUGAAACGAGAUCCUGCGAGAACUGAGUGCAAGCCCGUGAUUUGCAAAAGUCUUUCUGGGCCCGACCGGGGCUGCCUCGGACGCCCAGGCUUCCCCCGAAGAGGGUCUGCAGCCGCCCCCAACCCCGGGAGAAUCAGCUCUCCGAUACUCCUUGAUCCCGGCCGGCGGGUCUCCCUCUGAGACAUGUCGAAUGCCAGUAAGCAGCAGUCACAGGCUCUGACCAAACCCACUUUCACUGAGGCACAAGCCAGUGCACUAGUGGAAUCAGUGUUUGGUUUAAAGGUUUCCAAGAUCCGGCCGCUUCCUAGCUACGAUGACCAAAAUUUUCAUGUAUGCAUUUCAAGAGCCGAAGAUACUCUGCAGGAUCCAACCAAUUAUGUCCUCAAAAUCAACAACACUGAGUCCAGCAAAACUCCAGAGCUGAUUGAAGUACAGAGCCACAUCAUCAUGUUCCUGAGCACUGCUGGGAUCCCCACUGCUGCGGUGCAUCGGACCAAAGGAGACAGCAUCACCUCGCUUGUGUCCAUUGAUCAAGGCUCUGAAACCAAGACCUACGUGGUGAGGCUGCUGACUUACCUCCCCGGAAGGCCCAUAGCCGAGAUUCCCAUGAGCCCCCAGCUGUUAUAUGAAAUUGGAAAGCUGGCUGCCAGACUGGAUCAGACACUGGAGAAAUUUCAGCAUCCAAAGUUAAGUAGUCUCCAUCGGGGGAACUUCAUCUGGAAUCUGAGAAACGUUCCUCUUUUGGAGAAGUAUCUGCAUGCCUUGGGACAGGAUCGAAAUCGAGAGAUUGUUGAGCAUGUCAUCCAGUUGUUCAAGAAUGAAAUAACAGCCAAGUUAAAGCAGUUUCGAGAAUGUAUCAAUCACGGAGAUCUUAAUGACCACAACAUCUUAGUAGAGCCCAGCAAGUCGGUCUCAGGAGACGGGCACCAAGUGUCCGGGGUUCUCGACUUUGACGACAUGAGCUACGGCUACUAUGUGUUUGAGGUGGCUAUCACCAUCAUGUACAUGAUGAUCGAGAGUAAGGACCCUAUUCAAGUGGGAGGCCAUGUUCUGGCGGGGUUCGAGAGCAUCAUUCCACUGACGGCUGUAGAGAGGAGUGCUUUGUACCUGCUUGUAUGCAGUCGCUUUUGCCAGUCACUUGUCAUGGCUGCGUAUUCUUGCCAGCUCCAGCCAGAGAACAAAGAAUAUAUCAUGAUCACUGCAAAAACAGGGUGGAAACACUUACAGCAAAUGUAUGACAUGGGUCAGAAAGCGGUAGAAGAAAUCUGGUUCGAAACUGCCAAGUCUUACAAAUCCUAGGCUUCCACGUGACUAGAUAAAAGUUCACAGGAACUGGUAAUUAAAAACUCAGUAGAGGGCUGGAGAGAUAGUAUCGUGCUGGUAGGGUGGCUUGCCUUGCACACGCCCGCCUGGGUUUGAUCCCUGAAACAUUAUAUGGUUCACUGAGCCCUUAGGGAGUGAUUUCUGACUGCAGAGCCAGGAGUAACUAACCCCUGAGCAUCACUGGGUGUGGCCUAAAAACAAAACCCCAAUAGAACAAAAUCUUUAUUUUUUUUGUUUGCUCUUGGGCUACAUCUGGGAAUACUCAGGGGUUACUCCUGGCUCAACACUCAGGAAUUACUCCUGGUGGUGCUUGAGGGAUCAUAUGGGAUGCCGGGAAUUGAACCCAGGUGCAAGGCAAGCACUUUCCCCUCUGGCUCCAGAAAAAAAUCUUAAUUUUAUGAAGAAUUUCCCUGCACAGCUAAAAUAUAAAAUGGGUGGGAUGGAUCAGUGCUGUGGUCUUCAAUGUCAUGAGCACUUUCAAACUCCUGUACUCCACAGACAAUAGCAUGUUUCACUGGAGGUCUCAUGUGCCAUGUGUAUAAAAUAUGCAGAAUACUUUCAAUCAGAUCCUCUCUCGGGGCUGUUUUCCAUCCUGAGAUCAAUACUUAGACUUGGAAAGAUAUAUUUAUAGACAUAUUCAUAUAUUUAAAUCACGGCCAUAGCAUAUAGACCUAGCUAAUACAUCACCAAUUCUCUUAAGCUGUCUCUUCUCUCUCCAUUCUAGAAUUCCACUCUACUGUUAGGCAAAUGCCCUACCUGCUGUACUAUCACUCCCACUGUACAUAAUACUCUUUCAGUAAGCAAGAAAACACUUUAAUUCUGUUAAUCCACAUAUCUACCUCUCCACUGAUCUAUCUAAAGUCCCCAAAAUAGAUUUUCCAAUGAAUUUUCUUAUAUUAUUCAUUUGUAUCAUUUUUGUAUUCAUCUUAGACUUCUCUCUGACUUAGUUUCUUUAUCAGUUAAGUUGGAGUAACAAUAAUAUCUAUAGCAUAGGGUUGUGAGAAUUCCAAAGAGAAUAAUGCAAAGUUCUUAGCCCAAUUUGAUACAUAAUAGACAUAAAUGUUUACUAAGUAAAACAUUCCAGGUUAUCCAGAGUAAUAAUAUUGGAGUGAUUUUUUAUUUGCCACUCACAUUCAGUUAUGAUUUUUUAGAAAUCAAAAAUUUAUGUGAACCUUCCUCUCUU